UAAAAUGGCUCCUGUAUCUACCGAUCUCUCUUUAGGGAGCCUAACAAGCCAGCCAAGCAGUAUGAACUACGGUAACGGCGGAACAUCAGGAGGAAAAUCAAAUUUGAUCAUCUUCGAUCAAACCAAGGAUCCAAUGUUUAAGCUUGCAGAGAACUACAGGUCUCUUCAACGUAAGCUGAAAGCGAACUGGAAGGUUCAGAAUAAUUUAGGAGAAUCAACAAUAUCUAUGAACAUGCUCACACAGGCUCGUGUGUUCGUGUUAGCUGGUCCUAGAGAUAAGUUCACUGAAACAGAAAUUAACAAUCUCAAGAAAUAUCUCGAGUUAGGAGGCUCUAUUCUAGUAAUGUUGGGAGAUGGAGGGGAAAAAAGGUUUGGAACAAACAUAAACUUUCUGCUUGAGGAAUGUGGGAUAAUGGUGAACAAUGAUUCUGUUGUCAGAACAAACUUCUACAAAUACUUUCAUCCGAAGGAAUGUUUGAUACAAAAUGGAGUUUUAAACCGAGCUGUAACUGAAAUAGCUGGAAAGGGAUUGUCGGGUCUGAUGCUUGAUGAUAAUUUAGACUCUCAGGCAAUAUCCUUUCUAUACGCAUACGGAGCAACAUUAAAUGUGGCUCGGCCCGCUGUUGCCGUCCUCUCAACAGGCAGCGUCUCAUUUCCACAAGAGCGGCCAGUACUAGCCCUGUACAGUCAUCCAGGAGGAGGGGGUGGCAAACUCGCUGUGCUCGGGAGCUCAGCUAUGCUGACAGAUCAGUUCAUAGACAAGGAGGACAACUCUAAGGUGAAGGAUAUAGUGUUCAGUUUCCUAACCUCAGAUGAAUUUGAGCUGAACAAGAUGGACGCCGAGGAUCCAGAGAUAUCAGAUUAUAUCAUGAUACCAGACACAGCCUGGUUAGCUGAUACACCUAGGGUCUGCCUUCAGGAAAGUGAGGAUAUUCCCUCUGACUACACUAGACUCUUUAAAUCCAAUCUCUAUUCUGUUCACACCAGCAUGGUUCCAAAAGUCAUCAAUACCUUCAAGGAUCUAGGUGUAAAACAUGAUCCUCUAAAGCUCAUCACCCCACAGUUUGAAACACCCCUGCCUCCUUUACAGGCGGCAGUUUUCCCGCCACAAUUCCGGAACCUUCCAGAUCCCCAGCUGGAACUAUUUGAUCUUGAUGAAGCUUUCUCCAGUGAUAAAUCCAGGCUGGCCCAGGUGACAAAUAAAUGUGGCGAAGAAGAUCUUGAAUACUAUAUCAGAGAGUGUGGAGAGAUAUUGGGAGUUAACCCUAAACUUCCACAGGGGGCACAGGAUGCAAAGCACAUUCUAGAGUUCGUGUUCGCGCACAUAGUUGAGUUCAAGAAGAUAAAUCACGCAUUCGACGAAGAACAUUUCGAUUAAAUAUUGUUAUUAUUGGAACAAUGUUAUUAAUAAUACAAGUGCAUCUGUUUUAUCUAUGGUGCAGAUCAAGAAUUGUCUUGAUUUAUGAAGAAAAAAAUGUAAAUAUAAUAUAUAUAUUAAUUUAUUUUAA